UAUAUAUAUAUCCUACAAGAAGAUAACAGUGAAGUAAAAUCAACAGCAAAAUUUGUAGAGAAUUUUCUUGCCUCGAAGGCAGUGUAUGAUAUUUGGUCAAGUUAUGUCUAGCAUAUCAAGAAGAAUCUUCAACAAUUUGACAAGCAAGCCGGCAAAAUUCAAACAGAAAUGUACAUUCAGAGGGGGAAAAACAAUGUACACCCUUUCAUUUCUGUGUUUUUUUUAUUUAUAAGGGCUUAAAAACAGCUUUCAAUAUAUUCUUCACCAGGCACAUCAUGUGACCUAAAGGCCAUUUAAAGUAUUUCAGUUUAGUUUCUGUUAUUUGAAUAGCACUUUUAACAAUGGGCGUUGUCUCAAACCAGCUUUACAGAAGUAAAGGUACAUAGAAAAAAUUCUAAAGUUUUAAGAUAUUAUUUUGUCCCUAAUGAGCAAGCCUGAGGCGACGGUGGCAAGGAAUAAGUCCCUGAGAUGAUAUGAGGAAGAAACCUUGAGAGGAACCAGACUCGGAAGGGAACCUCAUCCUCAUUUGGGUGAUGUUAAAUGUUCAUGUUCAUGACGGCAAAAUCUGAAGUAUAGCUAGUUGGCUAAAAUGACUUAGAUUACAUCUCAACAAAUCACAUACAUGAGAUGAGACCAAGAUUGUAUUGUAUUGGGAUACAAUAUUGGGCAAACAUCUCCACAAACACCUCAUACCAACUGUCAAUCAUGGUGGUGGAGGGGUGGUGAUUUGGGCUUGUUUUACAGCCAUGGAACCUGGAGAAAUUGAAACAAUGAUUAACAAGACUUUAUACCGGAAUAUUCUUGAGACAAACAUGAGCUCAUCUGUCCAGCACCUUAAUCUAGGCUGAAUUUAAUCUGGGUCAUACCCUCAGACCUACAUCUGAAUGUGUAAAGAAGAAAAAAAUCAAGGUGUUGGAAUGACCAUGUCAAAGUCCAGACCCUCAAAUGUAAUGCUACAGUUGGAUCUUAAGAGAUCUGUUCAUUAACAAACCCUCUGAAACAUCAUACUAAAGAAGAAAGAGUGGGCCAAAGUUUCUCCUACACGAUGUGAGAGAUUGAUAUAAUCCCAUAGAAACCAUUUACUUCAAAGUACUAUUGCUGAAGGUGGUUCUACAUCGCAUGACUAUUACAUUCAGAGAGGUGGGUGCAGAACUAUUCCCCUCUAUUCAUUUCUAGAUAUCUACAAGAAUGCUGAACACCUUGCUUCUCUCAAGUUUCCUUUCAGUUGACCCUGAGGGUGUGCAUAGUUUUGCACUCGUUUGCACAUCCUCUGCAUGUUUGAGCUGGGGAGAAAAAAAAAUACCAUGGACGCCUUCACGUUUCUCUUUUGUUAGUAACUAGUUAGCCAGUUAUUUGUGAUGAGUGAUUUAUAUUUUACACCUUAAAAUAGUAGGUUUUAGGUUUGUCAGAUUAAUCUAUCCGAAUGUUAUUUCUAUAAUUUAUAUAAUCUCAUUUAAAUGUUAACAGUAGUACUUCGUUUAUUAUUGAUUCUGCCAGCAGCCGUGGUUGAUUUAGUGUCACUUGCUGAACUUGUGAUUAAGGAGAUUUUUCCAAGUUGGAAUUCCAUGGUGUGUUUUCUUCAUUUUUAAAUUCAGUGUAAUAAAGGUGGGUUUUUUCUUUCUUUUCAAAAGAGAAGAAAUUAAAUUAAAGGGAUUUGUCUAAACAAUAUAGUACAUUGUUCAAUUAAAUUACAUAAAAGGACAACUAUCUUUGGUUUGGGUGAAAUUGUGGCAAAUUUUCUGUUUCCCAUGUUAGAGGAAAUGCAACCUGACCCUAGAAGGAUUUGAAACACAUGACAAGAAAAGGAAGCAUCUUGAAUAGAUCUGUCUUAGAGAGAGAAAGAGAAAGUGUGUGUGAGUUUGUGUGUAUACAUGUGCAUGUGCAUGCCAGCGUGUGUGUGUGUGCGCGUGUGUGUGUGCGUACGUUUCAAUUUUCCCCUCAUACGCAUGACAUGAGUCAUGUGUAUGAUGUAUUGCUCAAUCCUGAUAGUUUCACUGUAGAGGUAAUGAUCGUUAUUACAUUUCAGAGAUGAAAAAUCGUAUUAUUUGCCGUAUUAUUUGCUAGCUAGUUUUGGUUCACAUUUCUGACUCAUUUCUUUUCAAAGAAAAAAAAAAAUUCAUUUCUUGUUUUUUUUCUUUGACCUUUUACAGUAAGUAUUAGUGUUUCACAAUCACAAUGUGGUAACACCGGGUCAAAGAGAACAAUAAAUGGUUAAGUUUUUUAGUGAAUCUUACUCCGCCUCAUCGAAUGCUGAAUCGUUCUUGAGUGUCUGUGAACAGGAAGUUGUUCUUUGCGUCUCUACUCCAUCAAUGCUGCAUUCAUUUGCGCUCAGACCGUGACGAUGGAAGCUGUACAAAAGGAAAACUGGUACUUCAUGGCACUUCUGAUUUCACUCGCUUUUAUCAAAGUCUCAGAGGCGCUGCAGUCUCAACGCAGCAUAGUGAAGCUUCAAGAUGGGAUGCUGUUGGACUGCACAUGUCCCUGGAGCGGUAACCUCAUCAUGGUGUCAUGGACUAAAGAUGUCCACGCAGCUCCACUUGCCAUUUAUCACCCUGAUUACGGCAUCAAUUUCAGCGCUGCUUAUGACGGUAGAGUCGAGUUCGUCCGUGCAUCAGAGAUGGACGGCAGCAUCAGAAUAAGGAACGUCACCAAAAAAGAUGAGGGUGUGUAUCACUGCUCAGUGCAGACCUUUCCUCACGGGUCAUGGUCCAAAGAUACGCUGGUGCAAAAACAAGACACCACCCCAGUCUUCCACCACAGUCCCAACACCGAAUAUCUUACUGUCUCUGAAAGCGAAGACGUGACCAUCAGAUGUAGUCAAAACGACACCAUGUACAACGUCAGCAUGGAGAAGAUGGAGGUAACGGAUGGAGGGAGCAGUCUGUUAGCAGUGUGUAAGCAGGGCUACGAUGGCGUGGAGCUCAGCAAGUUUCUACACAGAGGAGUCGUGAACUGCAGUGACGCAAUGGGGAUGGAGCUGCGUUUAAACAACGUGAACGAGCAUGACGGUGGAAAUUAUCGCUGUAACUUCAGCACAGAUGGCGAGGUUUCUAGCAGAAUCAUCCAGCUCAUGGUGGUUUCCAAUCCCAAAGGACUCGGGUGGUACAUUUACACCGCAGCAGGAGUAGCAGGUGCACUCGUCCUGAUGUCCGUCGCUCUUUUAUUCUCGUGUAGGAGCAGGAGGAAGGUGAGGAGAUUGGAGUACAGGCCCCAGUUACACACCACCAAAAGAGAGCAUAGUUACACUGACAUGCAAGGCGGAGUGUAUGACAAGAUGAAAAAGACAACAAGGAACCAACGAAAGAAUAAUCCGAUAUACGUCAACUUCCAAAACACGAGAGUACAGAAGAAAGGAAAGAGAUGACGUUUGCAGGUUCACACUGAAAAGACUGCUGAAUACUUGUUGAGCCAGUGACUUGGUUUGUGAUUAGUCUUUGAUGGCUCUGAGUAAAGUAGGAAAGGAAGAGCCACUGGGAAAUCUCCUGGGCUUAGUUUUACUUAAAACUAUUUUGAAGUAAGUGUGUAAGGAAUUGGAAUAAUUGAAAGAAAAUGGCAACACACUAUUGUAUUAAAUGGACGGUAAAUGAAGUUCUGUGUCCUACUGAGACGAUGGCAUCAACAGCAACAGCGCUGGUAACGUCUUGAAUCUAAUUGAUCAGCAGGCGUUGGUUCUUCUACUAUAACAGCAGCUCUGACAGAAAUCUCAGCUGGAUUUCCAAUCACAGGUUUACAUUAAUGAACCUGAUUUAAUGCAUUUACCUUUCAACAUCUAUUGUGGAUGCGCCAUUUAGAUGUAUUAAAGGAGAUAUUUUAGUACAUGUUAAGGAAGGAGUCUCCUUAAAAUUUGCACUUUCGGUUUGUCUCAGCUGAGGCUGGUGAAGGAACAACAUUAAAUGUAGCAGAAAAUGGAUAAAAACAACAAGCAAAAACCUGUAAUUGUUAAUAAGUUGCUGUAGUCUGAGAGGACUUCACGAUGAACCCUAAUUUGUUGUCAAGCUGCAUCACACCAACAUCGUUAAUAGUUUUCCUAUAACAGCACACCCUUUACUGAUUUAUUCCCUUCUAUAAUCCAGUUCUCAUAAAAGCCAAGAUCAAUGUUUGAAAUUCUCAUUAUACCGAACUAAAACAAAUACAUCCCCCCCACCCCCAGUCCUUCAUGGUGCCUCAUUCACUAAGACAUUUUAUUAACAAGACUAACGUUUUGUCUUCCAAUAAGAUUAUUCAUGACUGUACUCAGAAACACACUGUUAAGCUGCUCUUGCUUUUAUACGUACAGAAAUGGAGAAACGAUCUCUGAAGACGUGAUGACGAGAGAACAAUCGUUAUCAGUGGAGUACGGUUUUUCAGUGACGGAGAAGAAACUGUACUUUGGUGUUAAGCUCAAGAAAGGUGGAUAAUGGGGUAAUGGGGAUGAUUUAGCUUUUAUAGAUGAUGCUGUGGGGGAGUACAUGAUGUUUUGAAAAACAAUUUGU